AUGAAAGCCUUUUUCCUGGCCCCUCUCGAGCCGGGGCGAAAGGAGCGAGACGUGGUCUUGGUUUACCGUCUGGCUCUGGGCAGAGACCUGCAGCAAUGGAUAAACCAGCAGCACGGCAGUACAUUCGACGUGUGCUAUGGUUCGCCCAAGCUGACGGACGAAGCCUUGCGGAUCAUGCGCCAGCUCGUCUCCGCUCUGCAACAUAUCCAUGACCGAGGCAUCCAGCAUCGAGACUUGAAACCAGCGAACAUCCUGCUGAGCGCGGGCUGCACGGCGCUCGUCGCUGACUUCGGCAUCGCUUUGGUGAACCGGACCUCGGAGAGGCAGCAGGGCCACGCAGCACUCGGCGACUUCUACUUCAUCGACGUGGACUCCCUGGUGACGAAGGAGCUCCCCUACACCCUCGACGACGACGUGUACAGCCUCGGCGAGGUCUUCGUCCGAAUCCUCUUUGGCCGCUAUGCCACUGGCGGCGACCUCCGACGCUUUGUGGAGGGAGGAUCCGAGCUGCCAGCUGUGGUGCGGAUCCUGUCGCAGAUGUUGGGGCCCAGAGACCGCCGCUGUUCCCUCUCCCAAGUGCAGGUCUCGGAGCCCCGCCCGAUCGUGACGAGCAUCUUCCUAGGCAUCGGGGCUGUGACGACGGUCAGUGUCGUCAUGGACCACCUCCGGAAGAAGAAGUUCCGAAAGCAGGACAUGUCCAUCUUCUCCAGCAAGUCCAAGCUGCGGGCGACCUUCUGCGUCGGCCAGACGCAAGGCCAGCGGCCGUCCCUGCAAGACUACUACUGCCACGCGCGCAUUGGUUGGAGCGUCCGCAAGGGUGCGCGAACCUGGAGGCUGCUAGGGAUGUUCGACGGCCACGGCGGCAAGGACUGCGCGAAGUUUGCCGCCCAAUCCUUGCCUCAUGAGGUCCGGCGCAUGCUGCGGGACGCGGAGGCCGAGGCAGCCGGCUUGGAAGGUCUGCCACUUUGGAGGCUUGCAUCGCGAAGCCUGCAGAAGGCCCUGGAAAGCUUGGACCACUUGUACAUCAAGUUCAGGAACAAUAUGGACCUUUGCGGGACGACCGCGUCCGUGGCCCUCGUGAGCCCGGACGGAUGCCAUGCGGUGGUCUGCAACAUCGGGGACUCGAGAACCGGCCUUGUCGGGGAGUGGGCCACGGUUGAGCAUACAGGCUUCAAUCCGGAGAUCCGCGGGGAGACGACGAUGACCCACGCGCACCGAGUGAGCGACCCGGCGGAGAUGGCGCGCAUCGAUCGGGCGGGUGGCUUCGUCGAGUAUGGUGCGAGCGGGCACCGGGUCAAUGGGGUGCUGGGCGUGUCCCGGGCCAUAGGCUACUGUGGCAUGAAGGACUUUGCAGAUCUUGUUCCAUCCUUGUCGGACAGCGUGAUCCUGGAGAGGGAUGGAACGAAAGCCGGGCUGGUGGGCUUGGCUAGUGACGGCCUCUUCCGCACGUGCAAUGAGGACGAGGCCAGAGGGCCCCGGCAAACAUCGGCAGAACCACGCAAAACCCGCGCGCAGCCGCGAAAGAGCCCUCCGCGGAUACGUCCCAACUUCUUCUGCGACUUCUGCGCUCCUAAAACCCUAAACCCUAAACCGUAA